GAGAGAGGCUAGAGAGGCUUCAGAGCGGCCCAGGACUGGCUUGCUUCUGGCUUCUAGGGACACCCUAGUGGUGGGAGGAUCGGGCCCACCCUACGUUAUCCUCCCAAACUUAAGCCUCUAGCGCUGGGGUCACCCCCUCCAGUGAGGGACCUGGAGGACGCUGGAGGGGAGGUGGAGGAACGAACUUUGCAUGCUAAGAAAAUGUCCUCAUCUUUGGUUCUAGAAUCUCUAAUCUCCUAGCAACGGGGCUGUAGAAUCUUCACAAACAUUAAGGGGAUGGCAUCCACUCCUACCAGGAAUGACGAAAAAAAGAGCAGCUGGCUGUCUCAAACUGUGUCCUCCUUGAGUGGAGGGCAGAAGGUUUCAAUAUCUCGUUCUGAGGAAUUCCUGACUCGGAUCAGCAACGAACUUACAGAGGAGGCCUUGUUUAUAGCUGGCUGCCACAUGAAUCCUGUGCCCACUGAGGAAAAGCAGACAAAAGACCAAGGGACUCAGAUAUCCAGUCACGUGCUCUUCACCAUGACCGGAGGCACAGACACCUGCUCUGACAGAGACCAUAUCCACACCAAGGCACACCGGCUAUCCCUUCGUGAUAAGAUGCUCUGUGAGGACCUGCCAGUCCGUACAGUGGUUUCCCCUCCUUCCCAGAUGACAUUUGAUUAAGGAUUUCAUCCUGAGCAAACAUCUUUCCCUCAUCCACCUGCCAGCCCCCCAUGAUUUCAGGAGACUUUUUCUUGCUUACCUUCAAAGAAGAACCUGGAAGCCUUUGAAUUGUUGGCAUUGCGGCUAAUCAAAAAUGUUAGGAGAGGGAAUGGGUGAGUAGAUGGGGAGGUAGGUAAAUGGUGGAUGGGUAAAUGGAUAUAUUCAUUGAACAUAUAUUAAGCACUUACUGUGUUCUAGUACUUCUCUAGAGGGUGAAGUAUAGCAGUGAACAAAACAGAAUCCCUACUGGUAAGGAGUUUAAAAGGGGCAGAGUGAGUAGAUGAAAGAGAGGUGAGUGGGUGGCUGGAUAGAUGGGGGUAGAUGGAUGAGUGAGUGGAAAGGCAGAUGGGGAAUGAUGGAUAGAUAUGCAGAUGGAUGGGUGGAAGGAAAAUGUGGGUGGGUGGGGAGAUGGAGAGAUGGAUAGGAAAUGGUGGAUGCAUAAAUGGGUGGGUGGUGCAUGGGUUUGAUGGAUGGGUAAAGGAUGGAAAGAUGGUAAGACAUAAGCUUUGGGUCUAAAGAGUCAAAAGCUGUCUUCCAGAGAGUUCUCCCCACAGUUUGACAUUCUAUUAGCCCAACCCUUUUUGGUGCUGUUCUUGGUCUCUCAUGCCCUCCCCCAUUUUUCCCUCUAGAACAUGCCUCAAAACUCCUCUUUCAGAACUUGUUAAAUACUUCAUUUGGGUGGGGGGAUUCCUGGUCAUGAGCAGUGCCACCCUGGAAGCCAAGGAAAUGUUCUGGAUGCAUCGCACAGAUCUCCAUCUUCAGCCAACAAAGAUACCACCAGGA